AUGCCUAACCGAAGAGCCCGCAAGAAGAGGCGGACAGAAGACUUUUCCAGCUCUUCGGCAUCUGAAAACGAUAGUGACUCCGAGAGCGUGACCAGUGUACAGGAAGAGCAGCCGGAUGCGCCCGAAACAUACACAAUAGAUGGCCUGGACACGCAAGAGGUGUCUGACAGCACACAGGUGAGACUCCAACAGCUGAACGCAGACAGGUUGGCCAGCAUAGAGCAAAGCCUUUCAGGCAACCUCAAACUGGACAUAAACGCAGUACGCCAGAUAGAUGAUGUGCGUGAGCAGCUGCAGAACGAGUAUUUGAAGAAAUUGCUUGUCACAUAUUCUGAGGACCUGGAUGCGCUGCGUCAGAAAACCGAUUUCAAGGAAAACUCACUCAAAACCCUCGCCCGUCUUCUCAAAGAGAGCGGAAACAUAUUUGAUGAUGGAACUCUCAAGUCGCUAGUUGAGUGA